AUGUUGACAGAUGCCAAAUCCUUGAUCCACUCCAAUUUCAUCCUUUUAUUAGGUCAAGCCAUGAAUUUACCUUCAAUUCCUAUAGAAGAUAAACCCAUCAAUGGAAUCAUCAGUUUACUUUUAUUUUUACAAGGAGUGCAUGAUUUGAUCCCAAAUUUAGCUGAUAAUAUCCAUUAUUUUGAAACCAUCGUCCCAACAAGAUUGUUCUUCUAUUUCUGUCUUGGUGCUUAUUGUUAUUUAUUCGAAGAUGAAUAUUUCAGUAAUAACGUAAUCUUUGUCUAUUCAUUCUUAGAGAUCUGGGUCAACUUCUUGAUUUAUAACAAUUUAAGAGAUGAAAAAUUCCACAGAUUGAAAGAAUAUAUCAACGAACAUGGAGAAGAGUUACAAAAUAGUGAAAACGAUAAAGUUAGAGUUAUCGAAGAUUAG